AUGGCUAUUCCAUAUGUUGAGGUUGAGUGGUCUGAACGUGAUACAAAGAUGCAAGUUCUUUCUCUCGUCCUCCUAGUUCUAGCGACUCCCAUCCGCGCUGCAGCCGGCGAUGGAGAUUGGGCUGCCGCUUAUACCAAGGCUAAAACGGCUCUGGCAAAACUCACAAAUGCGAAUAAAGUUACACUAGUUACGGGUGUUGGAUGGGAAAAGGGACCUUGUGUUGGGAAUACUGCUGCUAUACCUUCGAUUGGAUGGCCAGCAUUCUGUUUGCAGGAUGGUCCUUUAGGAGUUCGAUAUGCUCAAAAAGUAACGGCAUUUCCGGCGGGCAUAACUACAGGCAGUACAUGGGAUACGGAUUUGAUGUAUGCGAGGGGUUAUGCUUUAGGAGCCGAAGCAAAAGCACUUGGUGUUCAUAAUCAGCUUGGUCCAGUGGCUGGACCUUUGGGGAAAAUACCAGUGGCGGGGAGAAAUUGGGAAGGGUUUAGUAAUGACCCAUAUCUUUCUGGUGUUGGUAUGGCGAAUACGGUCCAAGGUAUGCAAGCAGCGGGUGUUCAAGCAUGCGCAAAACAUUAUCUCGGAAAUGAGCAGGAAUUGAAUCGAGACAAAAUGAGUGCGAAUAUCGCUGAUAGAGUCAACCAUGAGUUAUAUCUCUGGCCUUUCGCCGAAGCAGUAAAAGCAAACGUCGCAUCUGUAAUGUGUUCAUACAACAAAUUCAACAGCACAUAUGCGUGUGAAAACCAAGCUUUACUUACCGGAUUACUAAAAAAUGAAUUGGAUUUUCAGGGUUAUGUUGUUAGUGACUGGGCAGCACAGCAUACCACAACAGGUAGCGCGAAUGGGGGAAUGGAUAUGGCGAUGCCAGGAGAUAAUUUCGGCGACAAUAAUUUUCUCUGGGGAAACAAUCUCCUCAAUGCCGUAAAUGCCGGCACAGUCCCCCAAACCCGUCUCGACGACAUGGCUCUCCGUAUUCUCGCCUCUUGGUAUUUUCUCGGCCAAGACACAAAUUAUCCUGUUGUUACUGGCUGGAGUUCAUGGAAUGGCGGUGUUGGCGGUCCAAAUGUUUCAUCGGACCAUAAUACUGUUGCUCGAGCUAUUGCUCGUGAUGGAAUUGUGUUGUUGAAAAAUACUAAUAAUGCGUUGCCGCUUAAGAAACCUGCUAGUUUGGCAAUAAUAGGUCAAGAUGCUAUUGUGAAUCCGGCGGGUGCGAAUUCGUGUACGGAUAGAGGGUGUGAUACAGGGACUUUGGCUAUGGGUUGGGGCUCAGGCACAGCCGAUUUCCCAUAUCUAGUUGCCCCAUAUGAUGCUAUCAAAGCCAGAGCUGCCGCGGACGGCACAACUGUGACCCUCUCAAAUACAGAUUCUACAUCAACCGGAGCAUCAGUAGCCAGCGCCGCCGCAACAGCCAUCGUAUUCAUCAACUCUGAUUCGGGCGAAGAAUACAUUACCGUCGAAGGAGCAGCUGGUGACCGCAUCAACCUAGACCCCUGGCACAACGGCAACUCACUCGUGUCAGCCAUCGCCGCCGUAAACAAAAACACCAUCGUCGUAAUCCACAGCGUAGGCCCCUUAAUCCUCGAAUCCAUCCUCGCCCUCCCAAACGUCAUCGCCAUAAUCUGGGCCGGACUCCCCGGCCAAGAAUCCGGCAACGCACUCGUAGAUAUCCUGUACGGAUCCGUCUCACCCAGCGGCAAACUCCCCUUCACCAUCGCAAAAACCCAAUCCGAUUACGGAACUGCUAUUGCAAAUGGUGAUGAUAAUUAUUCCGAGGGUUUAUUUAUCGAUUACAGACAUUUCGAUCAAGCUGGUCUGACUCCCCGUUAUGAAUUCGGUUAUGGAUUAAGUUAUUCCUCUUUCUCGUAUUCGAAUCUAAUACUCUCAUCAAUAUCUUCCUCCUCAACAGGAAAUAACGCGCUUCUUCCUGGAGGAAAAUCAAAUCUUUUCGAUAUUAUCGCUACGGUUUCCAUUACGCUAUCUAAUAGUGGUAGUGUCCCCGCUGCGGAAAUAGCACAGUUGUAUAUUGGAUUUCCGGACUCGGUACCCGGUACACCUCUGAGACAACUUCGUGGGUUUAAGAAGAUUAGUUUAGAGGCGGGUGCGAAAAGUAGUUUGAUGUUUGAGUUGAGGAGAAAGGAUUUGAGUUAUUGGGAUGCGGGUUCGCAGAUGUGGGUUUUACCAGUGGGAUAUUUUGGGGUUUGGGUGGGCGCGAGUAGUAGGGAUUUGAGAUUGGAGGGGGUGCUUUCUGCUUCGAGUGGUAGUUCGAGUAUUUCGUCUCCUACAACCUCCGUAUCAAGCUCUACUAGCAAAACAACAACAACCCCAACUACUCCUCAACCAUCAACCAGCUCAAGUUCAACCACUACUACGACGAGUCCAACAACCCCAACAGGUCCAACUCAAACCCUCUACGGCCAAUGCGGAGGAAUCGGAUACACAGGCCCUACUAUCUGCGCCAGCGGAUCUUGCAAAUUUACAAAUACUUAUUAUAGUCAAUGUUUACCUUGA